AUGAGCGAUUUCUUUGUCUAAAAUAGAAGUGAAAUUUCUCAGCAAAAUUAAAGUGGAUUCGGUAGUUUUAAUGACAAUUUAGGAGCAAGUUUUGGCAAAUUGCAUUAGGACAAUCAAAGUUUUGGUGGAAAUGGAGGGGGAAGUUUUGCAUAGAAUUCUGGGUUUAUAGUUUAAAAUGAGUAAUACCGAUCUUCUGUUGGUUUAGAAGAUGUGGCUGCUCCAAUUUAAAUCUACGAAUAUCAGGAACCUUAAAUAUAAAAGGGAGUAUUUUUUAGGAGCAGCGGUGAUUUCGAGAUGUAAUUCGAAGAGAUUGGGAUUGACAGAUUGAAUAUACAACCUAAAAUUUAAGAGGAUUCAAAAGAACACAAGGCACCAUCAUUGGAUAGUGGAAUGAAAAGCAGCUAAUAAUCAUCUCAUGAAUUCGACUUGAAAAUAGGUAGAUUGCAAAUCUAAAUUUGUUUAGAAUCAGGCGAGUAGAUAAGUUCAAAGUUUAAACCCGAAGUUAAACUACUUUUAAACUCCAACAUUAUCUAGGAGAAUAAGAAUUUGUUUAAUGUGAAUCAAGCCAAGAGCAUAUAUACAAAUAAGAUUACUCAAUUGGUUGAAUAGACCUAAAAAAAAGUUGAUUUCGCUACUAAAUCAUCCCCCAGAUUAUCGAAGAGUCAACAAAAACUUUAGAGGAAAUCACCCAUAAUUUCAAGGGAUCAUUUCGAUGUUUCCUCCAAUGAAUUAUAGUCAAGUCAAUUGAGUCCUGAUGGUAACAUGGACCCUGUACAGUAAAAGUUGGCCAAGAACAGAGAAUCUGCAAAAAAUUCAAGGGCAAGAAAGAAAAUUUAUUAUGAAUUAUUGGAAACCAAAGUGAAAGAGCUUUAGGAUGAGUUGGACAAAGUUAAAGAAUCAAAUCGAAAUCAAACUAAAUACACUGAAAUUUGCAACAAAUUUUAAGAGAAAUUUCAAACUUUUUUAGAUUAAUAAUAAUAAUUAUUUGAUAAAUUAGAAACUUGUUUACUCAAAAAUAAGGAUAAUUUUGAAAUAGCAAUGGUCCUAGAUGCCUUGAGAUAUAGAACAAAUUCAAACAGUUAAGAACGAAAUGAUGCUGCAAGACAAUACUUUGACUCCAUGGUUGAAGUGUGUUUGCCAAUACAAACCAAAUACCUUAUUUAUGCAUUAGAACAAGACAAAGAUUUCUUUGCUCAACAACCUGAGUACUAAAGAUCUUAUAUUAGUGAUUAUACUGACUGGAUGAAGGAUGUAUUUAAGAAGACAGAAAUCAAGCCAGAACAGAUUGUUAAAGUAAAGAGAAUGAAAUCUAAAUUGUAAAGUGUCAGAAAUACAAUAUCUGAUCAUUCUAGCUCUAUAUAGAACAUUAAAGUUCAGCUAAAAAUAAUACAGGGCGAAGCCAAUAAAGUGGAUUAAAUGUGGGAACAACUAAAAGAGUGUUUAACUCCUGUUUAAUUGGGCACUUGUCUUUUGGUAAUGAAAUAAGUAAUAAUAGUCCUUAAUUAUUAGAAUGCUUUUCGUUAAGAGCUUUAAACAUCCUCAAUAUUUUUAUAGUUAAAGAAUUCUUAAAUGUCUGAAGAAGAUGACAACUUGAUCAGGUCAGAUUAAUCCUCCAUUCCAAACAAUAGGAAACUUGUCAAAAAAUCUAUGUAAGGAUGA